AUGUGUGGGCAAGGAAUAGCGAUACCAGGAGCCUUGUACGCUUUGCUCCUCAAAGAAUGUGGGCCCCCGUUGAGUACCUUGCCCAUCUCCACUGCCCCCACAGGCAAAUGCUUUCCCCCAACACUCCAGCUGACUCUUUCUUCUUGCCCCCUCCCAGUUUUAGGAGAGGCCCACAGCACAGCUCUCAAACUGGCACCAACCAACCUGCCAAGUUCACACGCCACUUCAGCUGCGGUCUCUGCUCAAGGGCCAUUAAGGAGGAAACUGCCAGCUGCGAGGGGGCCUCCCUCCCAGGCCAGCACUGCCCAGCUGCUUUCCGAACCAGACCUCAAGCACCCUUGCAGGGGACUCUGCCUGUCACGCUGCACCCCCAGCCAGGAGGCCACACCAAGGUCCUCCAGGAGGGUCCCUGGCCCAAGCCUGGCACAGGAGUACCCCGCUGAACAGACAGGAAACAGGCGGCUGUGCCUCCCCUCAGUGGCGCCGUGCCCUCUCAGCCAGCAGCCAAAGGACUCAGUCAGCUCUAGGGGGGACUUGCCCCUGGCCCCGUGGGGCUUCUUGCCAAGUGGCUUUGUCUGGAUGGCAGCACAGCUUGACCCAGAGGGAGGGGUCCAACCUGCGCCGCAUUUCCCCCCCAACAUCUGCAUCCUGACCCUGGCCAUGAUGAUUGCCGGCAUCCCCACCGUUCCCGUGCCGGGAGUUCGUGAGGAGGACAUGAUCCAGGCCGCUCAGGACUUCAUGGCAGGGAACCAGGAGCCUGGCGGAGUGGAAGGGGAGGCAGCACCGCAGUGGAAGUGGGCUGCAGCUCCACACCUGGGACUUUCCUGCAAGAGAGACAAGCAGCGGAAGAGGGCAGCCAGCAGACGCCUCCUCCCCUUCUUUCUAGCCCAGCUGGAGAAGUGAUGGGGGGGGGGGCUCUGCUUCCAAAGGUCAGGUGACAUAAAGGCCUUUCAAACAUGCCCUUUUCUGUGACCAGCUUAUUGACCGCAUGUCCACGCAACGCCCUCCCCCACCCGAGCGAACCCAGGCCACCCCUGCUUGCCCCUUCCAAUCAGACCAGCCCAGGCACUGGGUAGGUCACAGUCCAGUCUUUGGGACCCAAGAGC